CUCCAUCAACGAACCUACGAUCGACCCCGACGACGUCAAACCCUCGCUCCGCAGCGACAUUCGCCCUUUUCCCACCAAAGCCGUCGAUUCUCACUCACCCGAUCCUGCCGACUCGCGACUCGAGAUUCCCGUCCGCGCCGACGCUCACCGAGCCGCGAGGAAAAACCAGUGCAUGACGUUCAGCUGAGAAAGAAGCGGAGCGCUCGCAUCGCACGCAGCGACUCUCGGUCGGCGACCGGCGCGACUCUCGCCCACCAACCCUCCCUCGCGGAGCCGUCCACAAUGUCGUUCCAUCCCCAGACGCCUCAGAGUCCAUCGCAAUUCUCCUCCGGCACCUCGGAGCCCGCGUUAGGCGUGGCCACCUCGAUGACGGCCACGGCCACGGCCACCACCUUGCCGACUCCCGCCCACAGCGUCAGCGGAAGCGCCUCGCAUCACGACGUCGCCAUGGCCGACGACUCUCCCCACAAGCGGAAGCGCUCUGUGGAUGACAGCGGUGACCGCGAGCAGAAAAAGGUCCACGUCGAGGAAAGCAAGCUGGGCAUUGAGGACCUACAUCUCGAUGUGGGGAAGAAAUACCUGCUUUGCCAAACUCCCCAUCUGGAAUCGCUACCGCGUAUAUCCGAAGACUUGUACGACAUGUUUAACCUCACCGGACUCGCCGCCGAAGUGGCUCGAGAGAAGCCCAACGGAGAGAAGAAUGCACUACGAUCAUCCUACACCGGCCACAUCAAGCGCUUAGGUAUCGCUGGUCACUUCAAGGUGCAAAAGGUCGAGAACAGGGGCGAGAAUGACCCUCAAGAAGAGAGCGACUUUGCCCAGAUCCUGCAUCUCGGCGAUGAGGACUGGAACAACUCAUUUGUCCGCGGCCGCGAGAUUUCGCUCGGACUAUCACAAGCAUCCCUCUCGAGUCUAGGACGAGCAGUCACCAUGGCCAAGGGCUCGAUAAAGAAGGACAUAUGGGAUACAUCAGUCCUGGGACUUCAGUCCUCAAACGGAGAGCUGAAGCAACCAUCUUCGGCAAGGCCUACCGCCCCCAACACUCCCCUCAACGUUCCCGGCGCUGUAGGACGACUAAAGGCUCAAGGGGCCUCGGCAAACGAUCCCAACAGGCCGCGGCGGAACAUCAAGAAGCGAACAUACGGCGACAGCAGCUUCGAGGGAUACGGAGAGGGAUACCCUGAUGAUGAUAAUGCCAUGGAAGGUGGAUACUCUACGGGAGAGGGAGAAGGGAGCCAGAAGCGGCGCAAGAAGAACCCUGGCAACGCCUCGCCGUAUCCGAGCGCUAUGCGGCAACAAAGCUACGGCCCCGGCAUGGUUGGCGCUUGA